GCAUAUUGUGUGCCGCUUUGAUAACGGAAUUUUGCAAAGUAGACCUCUUCUUUCGCCACGUUUUGGAGUUGGGGUUGGAGCGUCACUCGCAAUUUAUCGCAGCAAUAAAUUUUAUUUUUUGACAAAGGAUGCAAAGCUGGCGGAGUGUACGUGUGCAUAAAUCAAAACAGAAUUUUAAACGUGUACAGGAAUCUGGUACAGCUUAAAAGCGAGCUGUUGCGCUUAAAGCGGUGCAACAUGGCUCCACUCACGCUUGGAUUUUUGCUACUGGCUUUCUCGGCUCAAAGUGAGGAAAACCCGAACUGACAAGAGCAGAAAUCCUGAAGACUAUGCUUUCGAUUGGUGGCGGGAAAGAAGUCUCGAACGUAUAACGACAUACCCUUUGUGAACAACCUUGUACAAUUUCGUGAUUGAACGGGCUCGACCUAGACUGGGAGUCUCCAGCUACUCAGACUGACAAGGCCAAUUUUGUGUUGCUCAUCAAAGCACUCCGAAAAAAGUUCGCACCGGCAGGACUCAUUUUGAGUGCCAACCCGUCCAUCAUAUCCGCUGGCUACGAUGUACCAUCGCUCGCUGCGUGAUUAUUAUUUUAUACUCAUGUCAUUAAAUUCGAUUUGUUAAAACUUUCAUGGCUCUUGGGAAAGCAAAACCGGUCAUAAUUCCCCUCUGAACGGGACUUCCAACGAUCCUUACACCAAAAGUUUGAGCUAAAAUUUUUAUCAAUCAAUGUUUGGAACGCAACCCAAGCAGUGCCCUACGCAUAUCUCUCCAAUCAGUGGGUCGGAUACGAAAAUGUCUUGUCGAUCAGAAUCAAGUACGCACGUGACCAGGGGCUCGGUGGCGUGAUGGUUUGGGCCAUUGAGACGGACGACUUCCGCAACUUUUGUGGCGGCGGAAAUUUCCCGCUUUUGACAAAUCUGAAGUCCAACUUCACUGCUUGAGCAAUAUGCGCACUCACCGAAUAUUGAUUUGGAACAUUCGUCUUUCUAUUUCAUUGGUGCAAUAAAAUUCAUUUUCUUUUUGGCAAGUGAAGCUUUUUCUUGUAAAGCAGAUUAAAUGAAUCAGAUACGUUAGGCUCUGCUGUCGGUUGCAAUCAAAUGCGUAACCAGAAAAAGCGAAGGCAAAAUGGGAUUGGACUGUUAAGCUUUUGAGAGAUUGCAUUUACGGCUUUUAAAAAAAUCGUUCAACUCGCGGCGGUUCAUUUUGCAAAGUAGGCCGCUUCUUUUGCCACGUUUUGGAGCGUCACUCAAUUUAUCGUUGCCCUAAAUUUUAUGUUUUGACAAAGGAUGCAAGCUGGAAGUGUGCGCCUAAAUCGAAAUAAAUUUUAAACUCAGCAAACUGGCACAUGUACAGCUCAAAAGCGAGCUAAUACUGUUGAGCGCAAAGCGGUGCAAAAUGGCUCCAAUUGUGCUCGGAUUUUUGCUACUGGCUUUCUCGACUCCUACGCUAACCCAAAAGAAAAUCGUGUGCUACUUCAGCAGUUGGGCCGUGUACCGCACCGGCAAUGGCCACUUCGACACGAGCUUCGUGGACCCGAAACUGUGCACGCAUCUCAUUUACGCGUUCAUCAGCGCCUACCCGAAUGGAAGCGUCAAGAUUCUCGACCCGUCGAACGACAUUAAAAAGAAUGGCUAUUCAAAAUUCAACAAUUUGCGUUUGAGCAACCCGACCCUGAAGACUAUGGUUUCGAUUGGUGGCUGGAUCUCAGGUUCGAAAAUAUUCUCCGACAUUUGCAACAACUCAACUUUGCGGGCGAAGUUUGUGACCAACCUGUACAAUUUUUUGGUUCAGCACAAAUUCAACGGGCUUGACCUGGACUGGGAGUAUCCAGUUCUAAAUGGCGGAAUUGCUGCUGAUAAGACUAAUUAUGUGUCGCUGAUCAAAGAACUGCGAGCCAAGUUCGCACCGGCAGGACUCAUUUUGAGUGCCGCCGUGUCUGCCUCCGUGUCCGCCACCUCCACUUCCUACGAUGUACCAGCACUCUCUGCGAACCUUGAUUUUAUUAACCUAAUGAUCUACGACUUUCAUGGCUUUUGGGAUGGAAAAACCGGUCAUAAUUCCCCUCUGUACGGGGCUUCCAGCCAUAAUUUAUACGCGGACGCCGCUGUUAAAAACUGGAUCAAGUUGGGUGCGAAUAAAACCAAGCUGGUCCUUGGAAUCCCACUUUACGGAAGGUCAUUCACUUUGUCUAACAUUGCGGACACACAAAUGGGAGCAGCAACAAGCGGUGCUGGCACUGCAGGAAGUUGGUCCCAGGAAGCUGGUCUCCUCAUGUAUAGCGAGGCAAGUGUCCUCCUUUCCCACGGCACAAUAUGUACGAGUCAGAAGAGCGAAUCCGACUGGAACGUUGUUUGGGACGCAACCCAAGCAGUGCCCUACGCACAUCGCAACAAUCAGUGGGUCGGAUACGAAAAUGUCAUUUCGAUCGGAAUCAAGGGCCAGUACGCACGUGACCAGGGGCUGGGUGGCGUGAUGGUUUGGGCCAUUGAUAUGGACGACUUCCGCGACCUUUGUGGCGACGGAAAGUAUCCGCUUUUGACAAAUCUGAAGACCAACUUCACCGCUCGAGAACGUCCCACUAAAUAUUGAUUUAUCUAUUUCGUUGAUGGAAUAAAAUUCAUUUUCUUUUUGGCAAAUGACUGAAGCUUUUUCUUGUAAGGCAGAUUAAAUGAAUCAGAUAAAGUAGGCUCUGCUGUCGGUUGCAAUCAAAUGCGUCUAGCUCACUCAGCGCGUAACCAGAAAGCGAAGGCUACCGCUGUUAAGCUUCUGAGAGAUUGCGUUUACGGCUUGUAAAAAAAUCGUUUAACUCGUGUGGGUUCAUCGCAAGCAGAGUGGAAAUUGAUGGUUG